AUGUCAAAACUACAGUUAAUCUCAUUAUGCUUCCUCACAACCCUAUAUUACACAAACGGCUUCACACUAAACUCCAAAGACUCCGAAGCCAUCAUCUCACAUUCUGGCCCAACCAACGCCCUCUAUGGCCACGAACAGUUCCACGACGAACCCUUAAGCGAAGAACAACGAGUCAAACGAAAUGUCAUGUACGGAUUCGGCUACAACAACUUCAACAACAACAACAACUACAACAACGGAUGGCCAAACAUGUUGGUGUCCGGAGAGCCACCAAACCCAUACAUCAAAGGAUGGUUGACUGGAGAGCACAAUAGGUACCGUAGAAUGGUGCCGGCUACUGAUAUGCGAAUGAUGUACUGGAGUGAGGAGCUGGCGGCUUCUGCUCAACGUCACGCUGACCGAUGCGACUUCCGUCACUCCAGAGAUCGUGUCAAUGUUGGUGAGAACAUCUGGGCCGCUCCGUACUCGAACUACUCUGAUGCUGUGUUGAGAUGGUUCGAUGAGGUCAACAACCCUCGUUGUGGAUGUUCUCAAGGUUACAAGCAUUGUUGUGGACAUUACAUUCAGGUAGGUUUUUUCGAAUUAUUAUGCACUUUUCUUAGAUGGCAUACUUUUAAAGUGCAAGCCUAUGACUUUUAAAAACCAAAAUAUUUUUAAAAAUCAACGCCGACUCAUAAAUCAUAUUAUCCAAAGUUUAUCUUCCAAGAACCGUGUGAAAUCACCGGAAAUCGUAUAUCGUCGACGGUCGUUUGCAUCUUUUUUCGACCGUUUUUUUUUGUUGACCGCACCGUUUCCCUUUUCCGGCGAGUGUCCUUCGUCGGCGAAUCCCGUUGAUGAAACGGAAGUAAGGCGGGCAAUUAGAUCAGAUACUUUACAUUAAAUCGCGCAUUAAAAGUACAGUGUACUUGGGAGAACGGUAAAAGAAGCUGGGUUGGAUUAGCAAAAUGAUUGUACGGUAAAUUAGGCAAAUUUACUGUAGUUUGCUUAAUAUUUACUGUAAUAUGCCUCAAGGAACGCUAUGUUAGUAAUAUAGUUUUAGCAAAACCACUGUAAGUACGAUUAACCAUGCUUACUACUGUAAAACAUUUUUUGAAAAUAAAUCAAUUUCGUUGAAGCAUCUUUGUGACUUGUGCCGUUCUUUUUUACAACUUUCUCAAAUUUUGCAGCAAUUCCUGAACUAAUAGUCUGUAAAGCAUAGAUCAACCAUAAACAACCGGUCAUUUGUCACCUCAUUAUUAGGCUUUUAUUUCCCUAAACCCCCAAUAACAUAGGCCAAUCUGUCAUUUCUUUCGGACCUUCCAGACACAUUGAACCGGUUCUGUCCAUCUCCUUGCAAAAGUAAAGAAAAUUAACGACAAAAAGCAACAACUUCCGUUGUAAAGUGUUGUCAACCGUUCUUUUGUCCUUAAUUCUGCGACCUUGAAGCAGAACCUUGAGAAAUGGGCUUACAUUUCGAAGACAGAUGGUCGGUGUACGGGAGAGAAGUGUAGAUGUAGAAGGGAGAUGUGUAGAUAAAGAAGAGAAAAGUGUAAAUGUAGAGGAGAGAAAUGUAGAUGUAGAAGACCAAUAUGUACUGCACCAUCAGUACAAAGAAAAGCAUAAAAUCAAAAAACUUUUAAAAUUUCGAAAAAAAUCUUAAAACCCACGCUACAAGUAAAAAAUAUCAUUCCUUACGAUUUCAGAUCGUAUGGGCCAGAACCACGUUGGUUGGAUGCGGAUACGCCAGAUGUCGCGACGUGUGGGGUGUGCUCGGCCGUGGCCACAGCAACGUCUUCGUCUGCCAUUACAACCCACAAGGAAACACGGUAUUCAUUAAUGGAUACGGACAGCUUAUUGCGGUCAGUAGUUGCUCUAUAACAAAAAAUUUUUUAAAAUAGAAAAAUCAAGUUUAGCAAAGUAGAUAUAAGCCAAAACGAAAGAUUACAUUGUACUGUAUCGUACGUUAGAAAAAGUACAUAGUACAUAUAGUUUAGAAAAGCUUUAAUAGUACCAUCACAACCUAACACAUCUUGAGUAGCUAAAGACAAAAGGUUGUCUUCUAACAAUAGUUUUUGAUUGAGAACAUUAGUAAGACUAGUAAGACAAAUUUACCUUAAUUUCGAAAUAAGAUACUUUAUAAAAGAUUAAAAAACUAGAGAAAAAACAAGAAAACUUAACAUACUAACGGCUAGGCGCUUUAUGCAGAGUGCAGUGAUUACUAACAACUAAACGCUUCUUUAUCUUAAAACUAAUACCUCUUUAUAUACCUAUUCUUAUAACAAAAGUCUACUCUCUAUCGAAACACCAAGAAACCGACAGUUGAAAUUGACUUAAUAUUCCUCACCCCUUCUACUCCUGGUUUGCGGUGCGCCUGGCGCUAUUAUGCUAAAAGUUAUUGCUGUCCGAAAAUCUUGCAGAUUGAAAUUAGCCUUUUUAACAGGUUGAAAUCGGUCUGGUCAUACCCUAUUUUUAAGGCUGAUCAACCUUAGUUUUGGAAAGAGUUUACUCAUUACAUUUUAAAAUUUAAUAACCGAGUUUUUCGCUAACUAUAAAUGAACCAAAAGUAACGGGACACUUUUCUUUUAGUUUUUAACUUAAAAGUGGUCCGCUAAUUUUGGUUCAACCUAAUAAAAAGAUUAACUAUUAGGUUGUUCAAAUAAUGCUGUGCCUCUUAAUCUCAAAAAUUUGCUUUAAAAUAGGCACAGUAUUAACCCAAUACUAAAAUGUCUCGUGUGACAUAACUCAACCCUAACAACAGUGUGUUCAAUAACUCUUUACACUUCAUCACGCCCAAGUUUAGCCAUUUCAGGCUCCCGCCUUCACCUGGGCCUACAACGAGAAGGAACGUUGUUCCCAAUGUCCGCCAGAAGCCCCAGCGUGUCACGAUGGUCUUUGCUACAUGCCCGACAAUUACCGUGGUAAUCAAGGCAACCAGACGAACACUGCCAACAAAAAUACACAAGAAUUCGAUUCCAAGUCAGGUCAAUGGAACCAUAACAACUUGGCGUAA